AUGUGGCAUGGGCUAAAGGGGGUCAAGGCAUAUCUGUAUCAUGAGUCCCAAGCUGCUUGUUUCAAGAAAGCGAGAGAUGAUCUAUACAAGGUUAAAGCAUGGGUUUUCUCUCCACAAGUCAAAGUUAUUAGGUCUGACAUUCGUGAGGAAGAUGUGUUGAAGGAGAAAGAUGCUUUUGAGGAUCUUAAGAAGCUGGCAGCCAAGUCACUGACUGAGACAGUUAAUCAGUUGAUUGACACUGUUAAUCAGGUGAAGGAGGAUCAAAAUGCCGAACAGGCGACCCGACCAUCAAGAGUCACUGAUGCGAGUUCACGGAAAAGAGGGAUUUUGAGGACGAAUAAUCGACUUCCUCUGCAUUGUCCUUCCCAUUACUUUGGUUUGUACAGUAAAAAGAAAAAAACUGUGAAGAAAGAUACUUCUUCUGAUGACAGUUCUGACAUGCGAGUAAAAAAACACCGUGGAUCAACUGUCAGGGAGAAAUUGAGUAGGGAUUGUCACCUACAUUCUGAAGGAGAAGGAGAAGCAAAAAGAGCUUUAAUUACUUACUGCAUAACCUACAUUCUAAAUUGCAUCACCAAGCAUUCACCUCAGUACAUAAUUCUAAUGGUGGGGCGUAUAUUGAGAGGGAUUGCCACCUCUCUCCUCUUUUCAGCCUUCGAAUCAUGGCUUGUUGCUGAACACAACAAGAUGAAAAGAUAG